AUGAUGUCUCCCAUUUCUCUCAAGGCUAUCGGAGGAGCUGCUGCCGUGUAUCUGUUGGGCCAGCAAGUUCAGUGCCCGUUCGUCGCCAUUCCUCUGAUCGGUGAUGCCGUUGCCAUGACUGUGGCUCAGGUCGGCUCUGCUGCUGCUAGUUUCGGCGGUGCCAUUGCUGCUGCUCACUUUGGUGGCGGCAAGAGAGAUAUUGAAGGUCGUGCCACUUUUGUCGAUGCUCCUGCUGGUGUGCCUCAGUACAACUUUGACAUGUGUGCCGAGAGCCUGGCCGACCCCUCUGUGCACGUCACCGUUACAGGGCCUGUGCAGAACAACGGCGUGCAAAUCGACGGGUUGCCUUCAACCUGCAUGGUGCUCUCGAAUGUCUUUGACGGCAACGCUGCGGGUGGCCCACGUCCCACUCCUUGCGGCUCUGCUUGCCUUCUUUACAACAACCUCAACCAGGCCGAGUACAGUCAGAUGCAGGCCAUCUUUGAGCGGAUGAAGAGCUUGUAG